AUGGGGAACACGAACAAGACAGCCAGUGUCAGCUUUGUCCUCUUGGGGCUCUUCUCCGACUCCAGGCACCCCGAGUUUCUCAUCUCCAUUGUUCUUCUGACUUACGUUGCUGCUGUUUCUGGAAAUGCCACCCUGAUCAUCCUCAUCCUGCUGGACCCCCAGCUCCACACCCCCAUGUAUGUCCUGCUCAGCCAGCUGUCACUCAUGGACUUGACUUUGACUUUCUCCACUGUCACCAAGAUGGCUGCCAACUUCUUCUCUGGGACUCGACAGAUCUCAAAGGUCGGCUGUGGGACCCAGAUGUUCUUCUACUUGACCUUAGGAGCGGCAGAGAGUGUCCUCCUGACCCUCAUGGCCUAUGACCGCUAUGUGGCCAUCUGUAACCCACUGAGAUACCGCACGCUCAUGCGUCCCAGGGUCUGCCUGCUCAUGGUCGCCAUGUCCUGGGUGGGGAGUUCUCUUGCUUCCUUAUCCCAUACCGUCUAUGUAAUGCACUUCCCCACGUGCGGCUCCAGGGAGAUUCAGCACUUCUUCUGUGAAGUGAUGGCCUUCCUGAAGCUCUCCUGUGAGGACACCUCCGUUUAUGAGAAGGUGGUGCUCAUCACGGGCACAGUAUUGCUCCUGAUCCCUUUCAGCCUCAUCCUGGCUUCCUAUGCCCUCAUCUUCCUCACUGUCUUCCACAUGAACUCCCCUAAAGGGAGGAACAAAGCCCUGGCCACCUGCUCCUCCCACCUCACUGUGGUGAGUCUCUACUUUGGUCCAGCCAUGGUCAUCUACAUGACACCGAGUUCUGCUCUUUCCCCAGAGCUGGACAGACAUCUCUUUGUACUUGACACCAUAAUCACGCCCCUGUUGAACCCUCUGAUCUACAGUCUCCGCAACAAGGAAGUAGUGAGGGCCCUGAAGAAGGCCCUGGGGAGAUGA